CCAUCGAUUCAACACAACUGCAUACAUAAGCAUUUACUAAUAAUAAAGCUGUGUUUGUAUGUCAUUUUCAUGGAGUUCUACCGCUAACACAUAUGGAGUGUCAAGAGGAAAAGCCGAUCAUCUACACUAUGGAAAACAAGCCGAUUGUGACAUGUGCUGGAGACCAGAGCUUGUUUACGUCUCUCUAUACCUCAUUGGCCCAACAACUUCCCAGGGAGCCAAUGGAGUGGAGGAGGACGUACGGCCGUGCUCCAAAAAUGAUCCACCUUGAGGCUAAUUUUGUCCAGUUUAAAGAGGAGCUCCUCCCCAAGGAGGGCAACAAGGCUCUCCUCACCUUCCCCUUCCUGCACAUCUACUGGACUGACUGCUGUGAUACAGAGGUGUAUAAGAGCUCGGUGAAGGAGGACAUGAUGCGAUGGCAGAACAGCUUGCGGGCUCAUGGUUCAGCAGACUGGGUCAUCAUCGUCGUGGAGACCAAUGAUAAUAAGAAGAAGAACAAGACCAACAUCCUUCCUCGGUCAUCCAUCGUGGACAAGAUCCGCAGCGAUUUUUGCAAUAAGCAGAACGACAGGUGUGUGGUGCUGUCGGAUCCUCUGAAGGACUCGUCUCGGUCUCAGGAAUCCUGGAAUUCCUUGCUGCUCAAGCUGCGAACCCUCCUCCUCAUGUCCUUCACCAAGAAUCUGGGCCGCUUUGAAGACGACAUGCGGACGCUCCGAGAGAAACGCACGCAGCCUGGCUGGAGCUUCUGUGAAUACUUCAUGGUGCAGGAGGAGCUGGCCUUUGUUUUUGAGAUGCUGCAGCAGUUUGAAGAUGCCUUGGUCCAGUAUGAUGAACUAGAUGCUCUUUUUACCCAAUAUGUCCUUAACUUUGGAGCUGGGGAUACAGCUAACUGGCUCGGCUCAUUCUGCGCCCCGGUGCGUAGCUGGAGCGGCUUGUUGCUUCGGCGGCCCAUUGACAUGGAGAAGAGGGAUGGGAUCCAGCGUGGAGAGGCCAGCCUGUUAGAUCUGAGGAGCUACCUGUUCUCCCGACAGUGCACUUUACUCAUUUUCCUCCAGAGGCCCUGGGAGGUCACCCAGAGAGCCCUGGAGCUGCUGCACAACUGUGUGCAGGAACUACGUCUGCUGGAGGUGUCGGUGCUGGAGGGAGCGCUUGACUGCUGGGUGUUUCUCAGCUGUUUGGAAGUUCUGCACAGGAUCGAGGGCUGUUGUGAUCAGGCCCAGUUAGCUGCAAACUGCUCCCACACUGUCGGGCUGUGGGCUUACGCGACUGACAAGCUGAAGUCCCUGGGUGAACUCUGUGGCCUGGUGUCAGAGAAGGGACCCACAUCUGAGGACCUGAACAGGACUGUGGAUCUGCUGGCCGGACUGGGGGAUGAGAGGCCUGAGACUGUUAACAGCUUGCAGAGCCCUUACAAAAAGCUGAAAGAAGCCUUGUCGUCUGUGGAGGCUUUUGAAAGGCACUAUCUUGAACUCUCUCAUGCUGCUAUGGAGAUGUACAGGGCCAUCGGCCGGCUGAGGUCUGCCAGACUGGUGGGAAAAAGCCUGGCGGAGUUCUACAUGAGGAAGGGGGACCCUGAGCGGGCAGAGACCUUCUUACAGGAAGCCCUGAAGUCAUACGUGUCAGAGGGAUGGAGCCUGCCUGUCACUCACACCAGGAAACAGAUCGCUGAGUGUCAGAAACUGCUGGGCAGAACUGAGGACUACCUGCAGACCAGUGCCUUGUUGGCUGGUGACGUGAACCUGACCACCGAGGAGAGGAAGUACUUUUGUCAAGAAAUUCUGACCUUUGCCGGCAAGUCUGGAGAUAAGGCUCAGAAAGUCACUCUCAGCAUGGGUGUUUUUACUCAACUCACACGGCUACAGUUCCGUCCGGCCUCUGCCUCGGUGCAUUCUGGCGCCGUCCUGCAGGUGGAGCUCACUCUGCAAUGUUUGAUGCCCGUGUCGGUGCGCAUACAGCAACUAGCUGCUAGCAUUCACUUUGACCUGGAGCGUGGAGGGACUAAUGGGAGGUCUAAGGGGGCUCAGAGACAAACAAACCCAGGGACAGUAGAGUUUCUCCAAGCUAACUCGUCAGCAGGCCCCCCCACCUCAACCGCUGGCCCCUCUUUAGAGCUGGAUGAGAUUCAGGACAGGAGUCCUUCGGACAAUUCUCUCAACUCAGCGGGAGUGGUGUGUAAAAACACUCACCUGGUCAUGCGGCGUCAUGACAGCAGCACGCCACCGGACACGCCCAACUGUGUCAGCCCUCCUACUGUUGCCGUGAAGGAAGGAGCCCUGAUGCUGAAAGUGCAGGAUGUGACACUAGAGCCUGGGAAUAACAGCAUCAUAUUCACAGCACCAAGUGGACAGCCAGGCACUUACACAUUGCGUCAGCUGUAUGCCACGGUGGGUCAGGUGCAGUUUGUGCUGCCUCACAUCUACCCGUCGGUCCAGUAUGAAGUCUAUUCUCAGGAGCCCCAACUGACCGUGGAGCCUCUCUCAGAGCCGCUGUUGGCUGGUCUGCCGCAGAUUGUGAAGUUCACUCUGUUGACGGGUCACUACGCUGUGAAGAAGGGAGACGCUCUGCAGCUCAGCAACACAGACACCAUGCCCAUCCUGCCCUCCGCCAGCUGCACCGCCCGCAUCAGCAACCCUGGUGCUGAGUCGGUGGGUGAAAGCAUCCUGUCCAUCCAGUCGUCAGAGAAGGUGACCAGCAUCAGCUUGCCCCCCACGCCCCCGUACCACACUCUGGAGUUCCAGCUGGAGGUUCUGUGUGUCAUCCCGUCCGGGACCGACCGGCCCGCCAAUGAGAGGCUGACCAACGGGGAGGUCCGCCACCGGCCACGCAGCUACAGUCACCCUGACACGCCCAUGACUGCCAUCGACCAGAGGAUGUCUAUCGACUGUCCGUGGUCGAUCUACUCCACGCUGCUUGCCCUCACCUUCUACAUCCCCUUCAAGACCAAACACUCGCUGCUUUCUGCUGGUAACAGGAAGUACAUCCAGGUGUGUGUGCAGAAUGUGUCUGACGUGAACUUCACGCUGGCAGAAGUGAAGCUGACAGAGAAGCAGCACACAUCGCUGGAGCUGCAGUCCCUCAACACUAAAAAACAACAGCUGCUGUGCAGUAAGCACAGCGUGUUCUGCUUGUGGGAGGUGAGGUGGAAGGACGACCUGCCCUCCUGCCUGCAGUGCGUUUUCUCAGCCGACUUCUCUCUGCUCAACCAAGACGACGUCCCUGCCUUCAAACCCUUCCACUACCAGUUCCAGCUCGAGAGAGUCACCACGUUGUACAGUGUGCGAGCUGAGAUCUUGCCUCCUGCCGGUGAGCAGCACUGUCGCUCCGGUUUCCUCUGCGGGCUGCAGGUGUGUAUAACACGACUGACUGAACCUGCAGAGGGAGAGCUGGCAGAGGACAGCAAGACUGACACUGACGGCCUCAAAACCACCAAACUGAUGUAUGAAGUGGCUGACAGCAGCAGUAACUGGGCAGUGUGUGGGAAGAGUUCAGGGAUGGUGUCCAUGCCCCUGACGGCCAGCGCCACCCACAAGGUGCAGAUCGAGGUGAUGCCUCUGUUUGCGGGACACCUGCCCUUCCCCAAGAUCAAAGUGCUGAAGUACCUGCCUCACACUGCGGCAGUGGCCAUCCAGCCGGACCCCGACAGCUGCGUGGAGAACGACAGCCUCUCCCUGCUGGACAAGACGCUGGACGACCAGGCGGACACGGCGAGCAUCCGCAGUCGGGGCAGCGUGCACUCUGUGGGCAGCGGCGACCAGCAGCAGAAGGGCGUGGCCAUGCCGCGCCUGGAGCCCUUCAGCCCGGGACAGGUGUUCAACCACAGCCACACACGGCAGGUCCUGGUGCUGCCCGCCACCGACGACCACAUCAUGGAGGUCAACGCUACAUGACCCUGGUGGCGAGACCUCCCGCCCCCUUCUUAUAGAACUGAACCCAGGCCCUGGACGGACUCUACUGAGCUUUUGCUCCAGGGCAAAUCGGGUCCAUGAGUCCAUGUCGAAGGCCGCCGUAGGUUGCCGGUAUGGGCUCACCCCUAAGCAUGAAACGUUCACCUCACUGGAGACAUUACGGACUAGACAGUGACGAGCCAAUGACAUCUGCUGAAAAAACUUAAAUAAAGAUUUUUCCUUGCCAUACUUUGUACAUAGCUCAUUGGAUGGAUUUAUAGUUAUAAAUAUAUAUAUGGACUGAUCGCUCAGAUCGGCCGCUGUCGUGCUCCUUCGAACUGAAGAAUAACAGUCCUGAUUGUCCCAUGAUGCACCAAAGCCCUAGAUGUGUGUACGCCUCGAUCCGCUACUCAAGUACUGUAACUUUGACUGAGUGUGUCCAGACGUAGGCGCUGUUCCUGCGCCUCUCAAGGAGUCGUCACUUUCACAUUCGAGACCUUUGCCUCGACGGUUACAGUGAAGUCGCCCAAAUAAGCUGCUGCUUUCCUCAUAAACGUUACACACGUCAAAACCGGGCAGGUUCACAAACUCGAAUGGAACUUUGGAGACAUAUCUGUAAUCCCCACAGGCUCUUCUCUCCUGCUGAUACUCAAAGAUAUUUCCUGUGUUGUUCGUUGAAGUAGAAUAUUAUUUCUGUCAACCUGUCUGUGGUGUUACUGAACAGAUGCGAGGCGUCAGGAAUAGCUUGUCGUCAUGCGGGAUAUUGUUGGUGCUGUGAGGCUGGUCAGUUUACUGAUCGGCUAAGUACAAGUCGUGUAACAUGGCGAGCCGUUAUUGUUCGGGGCCCAGCGUGUAGUCUGGGACAAGCAUCAGCAAGAAUGCUUAAUGGGAAAAUACUGUGGUCCGAUCCCGGUCCCGUUCCUCCAGACCUGUAGUCGGACAUCAUCUUGUGGCUGUCGUCUUUGUUUGCGUCACAUAAACAGAAAUGCACAUCAAGAAACAUGCUAAAAUUAGACUUUUCUUUACGCUACAGGGGAUAUUUUUGGUAUCAGCAGGCUGGAAGAGGUAGGCAGGCAGUCAUUAGUGUCAGUCUAUGGAAAUGUUUCUAAUUAUUGAGGCCCAGCAUGUAGACUGUUGAAGCGUUGUCAUGUGAACAGUCACACACAGAUAAAACACAAAGUUUUACCCUCAUGUUGUUGCUUGUUAGAUUAAUUGAAUGCUCGAUCCGAAGUUGGCUCGCUCUCUUCAGUAACUGAACAAACAAUAACAGCAUUUUUUUUUCUUUUUUUUUUUUCUUUAUAUAUAUCUUCAAAAGAUUUAUGCAACUUUAUUUAUUUCUAAUGAAAACGGCGACUUAUUGUGCGACUCGGAACGCAAAUAUCAGCACAGAAUUCUCCAGUGUGGAAGCACUGAUGACCUGAGAGGCUCAGUCUGGAGGUGUGUGUUGUGUGUAUCCAUUCAGCUGUAGUCCUGUGUAUGUGUGAGGGUCUAUAUGUGUGUGUCCGAGUGUGUGUGUGUGUGUGUGUGUGUGUGAUCAGGUGAGACUUUUAAACAAGGAUCAGCCAGUGCACAUUAUUGUCUUACCUAUCAGUGGAUUGUUCAUAUACAGUGUGUGUAUAUAUUUAUUGUGUGUGUGUGGGUGGGUGUGUGUGUCGCCAAAUCCGUGUCCGAGCUAUGCACACAUACUGUUCGGUGUUCAGUCGAUGAAUGAAUCAAGUCAUUUCCGGAUUUCUUUGAGAGGAUGAAUGUCAGCUCCUUCAGACCCCCCGCCCCCACCCUCCCUCUGCUCACACACAGUGCAACUACAGCCUCCUGCUCUUCUUUGACCACUGUACAUAUUGAUCUGUAAAUACUGAAUCAAAUCAAAUCAUCUUUGAUUGCCAACUAUAUUAAAAAAUCAU